CGCGAAGAAAAAAAGUGGGCACAGCUGUGGGUUGACUGGGUUGGGAACGUUUUGACAAAAAAGUCAAGACUUCUUCUCUGUAAGCAGAUCUGUACCCUUUUCUUCUUCACAAGUCUUCGUCUCUGAAUCCCUAAAUCUUCUCAGCUUUAGAGACGACCCAGUUAAUGGAUUACUCCUCUGGUUCCUGAUCCUCGUCUGAGAAAAGAGUUUACACAGUUUGCAUCCUGUGAAUGUAAACAAGGUGAAAUGGAAGAGGGAGAACUGCAACCUGAUCCUUAUCCAUUAUCCCCUACAGAGACUGCAAUUGAAAAUAAGGCACCUCUUGGGCUGGAUUCAUUCAUGAAGGAGCUUGAUAAUGACGAUCAGAUGAACAUUAAAGAAUUAGAGGAUGAUAAAAAUAUAUUACCUGCUGAAAAGGUUGAAUUUGAAGAGAGACAGUCAGAAAAUGCUCGUGAUGUGAAUGAAGAUACUGAUUUACCCGAUGGACAUAAUGGUUCUUUGGGGAAUAGUGAAAAUAGAGAUGAUAGGACUGUGAAAGAAAUGGAUGAAUGUGACAAGGUCAUUAAGAAUUACGAGGAAAGCAGCUGUUCUAAGCAAGAAGUUCAUGUCAUGGUUUCUGAGCAAUAUCCACCAUCCAGAAAAUCAGAUGAGAAGGUCAUGUAUCUUGAAGCAAUGUCAGAACACACCAAGUUGUCUAAUGUAGAUGAGGGUUUGAACAAAGUAGCUGGACCCUCUGAAGCUGUGUUGUCUCUUGCGCAGGAGAAUGGAAUCCAAGCUGUCAUGGAAAAGGGUAAAAAUGUUAGCAUUUCACCCUUCAUGGUUACAAAUUUGAAGAAAAAUGCUUUGGUGUUUGAAGGUGAGUCAAACUUUGAUAUAGAAACACCUGGUGCAAGAGGUCUUGAUUUGUUUUCAUUUGGUCCUGUAAUAAAAAACAAUAAAACAGAUCAAUUAGGCACCUGCAAGGCCAAAAAUGAGAAGCUUUUGGAUGUGGAAACUCUUGAUCUCUCUCUUAGUUUGCCGAAUGUAUUAUUCCCCAUCGGGGCAAAUGCAGCAGAACAUCCUACUUCUCCAACUCAAGCUAGGAGCUUCCAAUCCUAUGAUAGUUCAUUCCGCACAAACUCUGAUGGGUUCACCAUGUCUAUGUCCUUCUCAGGAUCACAGCAGUUCACCCACAACCCCAGCUGUUCUUUGACACACAAUUCAAUUGAUUAUGAGCAAUCUGUUAAAAGCAGACCCCUAUUUCAAGGCGUAGAUUGGCAAAACCUUGCUUUAAACGAGCAGAAGAGCACUGAACUUCAAAUUUCUCAAACUGUCUUAUCAAAUGGUGUUGCUUUUCAACGACAGUCUCAAUCUUCUCAAGGGAAUUCAACCGGUCAAGCUGUAGAGAUCAAGCACCCUAGUGUUGUAGAAGGAAAGUCUAAAACAUCUGCUGUGCUAGAUCAUCAAAUGAGUUUUAAUAGGCGGGAUGUUGGAUCAUAUGAAACUGGAGGUCUAGAUUAUGCUAAAGACAAGAAGAAGCACAUCUUAAUGGAGAAAGAUAACAGUUUUUUAUACAGAUCCAAUCAUUCUGAUGGUAAAGAACAAACAUUAACAAUGGGAUUAGACUUUAUUGAAUCAGUUAUAACAACAAUGGUCUCUGAACCGUUUCAUGUGACUUCCAGGAGAUUUAGUGAAAUGCCUGGUCAGCAUCUGGUAUCGUUGAAAGAGUAUGUCAAUGACAUUAUCUCUAAUCCUGGUAAGCAUUGGCAACUAACUGCUCUUCGAAAAGCACUUAACAAAAGGACAGAUGCUACCUUGGAAACACUAAUGAAUAUUCACCGGACUCAAUUGGAGAUAUUGGUAUCUCUGAAAACUGGCCUUCAAGAAUCUCUACAGCAAAGUUAUGACGUCUCUUCAUCUGAAUUGGCGGAGAUAUAUCUGAACUUGAGGUGUAGAAAUGCCACGUGUCGAAGUCUCCUUCCUGUGGAUGAUUGUGACUGUAAAAUUUGUUCACAGAAAAUAGGUUUCUGCAGUGCAUGCAUGUGUCUCGUGUGUUCCAAGUUUGACAUGGCUUCUAACACAUGCAGUUGGGUUGGGUGCGAUGUGUGUCUGCAUUGGUGUCAUGCGGAUUGUGGGCUCCGUGAAUCUUUUAUCAGGAACGGGCAAAGUGCAUCUGGGGCCCUCCAGGGUGGUAUGGUGGAGAUGCAGUUUCAUUGUGUUGCAUGUGAUCAUCCUUCUGAGAUGUUUGGCUUUGUCAAAGAAGUUUUUAUGAACUUUGCCAAGGACUGGACUGGAGAAACACUCUCCAAGGAACUUGAAUACGUAAGGAGAAUUUUCUUUGCCAGUGAAGAUGUUAGAGGGAAGCGGUUACAUGAGAUUGCUAUUCAGAUGCUGACUAAGUUAUCGGUUAAGGUUGGCCUUCAAGAAGUUAAAGACCAAAUCAUGCAUUUCUUUUCUGAAACAGAAUCAACAAGGUCUGUAAAUGUGCCUACCCUCCCAAGAAAGGAGUUAGAAACUACAAACCGGGAGGUGAAUAAUAGAACAGUUGAAUCUAGUUAUAGACAUACGUGGUCGAAAAGUCAUGUUUCAGACAAACGCCCUCAGUUGGAUAAGUUAGCAGAUUUACAGUCUAAAUAUGAGUCUCAUCAGAGGGAGAAGGCGGCUUUGAACUCAGAUUUGAGCAUGAGUAAAAUGAUUCCAAAAGAGCCAGUUUUUGAUGAGCUGGAUAGCAUUGUGAAAAUCAAGCAGGCGGAGACCCAAAUGUUUCAAUUGCGGGCUGAUGAUGCGAGAAGAGAAUCUGAAGCAUUGAAACGAAUAGCCGUUACAAAGAGAGAAAGGGUUGAAGAAGAAUUCAGCUGCCGGAUCACAAAGCUGCGUUUGGCUGAGGCGGAGGAAAUGCGGAAACAAAAGUGGGAUGAGCUCCAAACACUAGAAAGAUCAUAUCACGACUAUUUCAACAUGAAGAUGAGGAUGGAAUCAGACAUCAAAGAUCUGUUAUUGAAAAUGGAAGCUACUAGAAGGAAUCUAUCAAUUUGACUAUUGUUUGUUACUUGUUAGUAGUUUGUACUUUAGCUUUCUUUUAUUUAUUCAUUAUGCUGACCAGAAUUUGUACAGACGGAGGUUGUGACUCGUGAUACACUGUUUGUAAUUCCAAUCCCAUUCUAUAGCUGAAAAUGUUCAUUGAGAGUUUGAGACCCGUGUUUUUCUCUAAGUGGGAUUCCAAUUUCCAAAUUAUAAUAGGAGUUUGCAAA